AGGUCGCUCCACAAUAUUGGCCCUCACACCAUCGACUUCUUUACGCCCUCCUGUUUUCGCCUUAUUUCCUUAUCAAAAGUAGUUUAUUCCCGAGUAGAAGGAUGUAUUUUUAACGUUCUACAUUCAGCAGCAACAUACAGAGGUCAUGCCAUGGGCUUGUCUCAUGUGAUUUUUAGGUGCACCUCAUUGAAGAUGACAGGUCAAACGCCUCAUCAUCUUGGUCGACGUCAUACCUAUGUACUGUAUUCAGAUUGAAGGGUACAUCCUUCAUGGUGGCAGGUGUAAACAUAUACUACGUUUGACUGCUGUAAAGGGUUCUCCAUUAGCUUCGGGCUGUUUUUAAUGAGGAGAUUUUAAGGAAGCACACAUCUCAGGACUGUGGCAUGCACGAGUGGCACUUUAGUCUUUAGUGUAACAGUGUCGGAGAAAGAAGUCUUUUUUAUCUACUAAAAAACAACUCGUUUUGGAUAUUAAGUAUAUCUUGCCGUGAGUAUGAUGGAUGAAUAUAAUGGGCUUGAGAAAACAUUUGUUGAACACCACAAGAUUCAGUUGGAGUCGUCAGCUGUUCCCCGAUAUUUCUGGCCCACUGUCUUAAGAAAGCUCCAGGGACAAGUGUAUGAUGCGGGUGAAUAUUUCCAGUUGUGCCAGUUAACGUAUGCUGAUGGUGAAAAUGAUACAGAAGAUCCCUUAUGGCAAGUCAUUGUAACUAAACCAGAAGGAAUCAAGGCCACUGAUCCAGAAAAUAUAUUCCUUAUCGACCAUGCUUGGACGUAUAGAGCUAAUGAAGCCAGGCAGUAUUUGACGGACGUUCCUGGUCUACUGGAGAGAAUGGUGGCCCUCAUGGACAUUCCACGUGAAGAUAAUGAUCGAGAGCAGUUUAUAGAAAAGGUUCUUCAAGAUAUGUGGAAGUUUAAUGGAACAUAUAGCCUUGUUGGAAAAACAGCAGAAGAACGUCUUCCAGUUUGGUACAUUAUGGAUGAAUUUGGGUCACGGAUUCAGCACUGUGGUGAACCCAAUUUUCGUGUAAUACCUUUCUUUUACACCCCUCACCAGUGCUGCUACUCUUUGUUGUUCCCUAUUCAGGAUGUAGAAGAGGGCGAGGAAGUAACUAGAAAUUAUGUGGAAACUCCGCCAGUUGAUUCAGUGACCCGUGAUGCCCAGAUGCUUCCUUGGUUUCCUGUUGACCUCUCUUAUGUUGAUCAUCGACAGACAGAGCCUCCAGAAGAAUUUUUUCAGUCAGGCCGUAUGAACGAAAUUCUCCCAGACUGUGACACCGAGGCUACCGAUCCACCAUCUGACUAUCCACUGCGUGUGUAUGCCGAAUAUGAAUUUGUUCGUGAAUAUUUAACUGAUAAACGUUUUAUUGUCGUGGACUCCAAAGAAGAAGCUGACAUUUUAUGGUUUAUUGCACAUUUUAAGGACUUCAGGAGUCUUCGGGAUAGACCUUCUUGUCGGAUCAACCAGUAUGCAUGUGAGCACCUGAUUACCGUCAAGGACCUGCUGGGUGUUGUCUGUCGGCGUGCUGUUGACCUCAGUAAGGAAGAAGGGGAGUGUGAUACAGCUGGGCCAUCUUGGUUACCUCUUACAUAUUGUCUCAAGAGGGAACUAGUCAAGUUUGUAUCAUUGUUUCAGAGAAGAGAAAAGAAUGGAGAAGACAACUACUGGAUCAUAAAGCCAUGGAACCUAGCACGUGGUCUGGAUCACACCGUUACAAAUAAUCUGAAUCACAUUAUGCGUCUCCCCUCCACAGGCCCAAAAAUCGCCCAGAAGUACAUAACGACCCCAGUUUUAUUUCAUCGAGAAGACAUUGAUGCAAGUGUCAAGUUUGACAUUCGUUAUAUUGUGAUGCUGCUCAGUGUGGAGCCUCUAAAGGUGGCUGUGUACAAACGCUUCUGGAUUCGAUUUGCUAACAAGCCUUUUGAUCUGACGGAGUUCGACAGUAGCGAGAAACAUUUUACUGUAAACAACUAUAAUGAUUCAUUUCUACUUCAGAUGUACUGCCAUGAUUUUAUUAGCAAGUUUAAUAGCCAAUAUCCUGAGCAGCCUUGGGAGGUGUCAGAAAAGAAGAUAUAUAACAUGAUCCUUCAGGUGUUCAAGGCUGCAACGUCUCUGGAUUACCCAAGAGGCAUUCCUCAUAAUUCCCAGUGUAAAGGAUUUUAUGGGUUUGAUAUAAUGGUGGCAUGGGCAAACAAAGAUAAAGAAAUCAUGUGCCCAAAGCUGCUAGAGGUCAACUUUAAUUCUGAUUGUAAACGAGCCUGCGAAUAUUAUCCCGAGUUUUUCAACGACAUUUUCUCUGUGAUGUUCCUCGAUGAGACCGAAGGACAUAACGUUGCCAUUCUUCAAUGAGAGCGGCCAGUGGUAGUUCCCCCUCUCUCAAUGGCAGUGUUGCUGUCUCUUUAUCAUUUUGGAGAACAAUGUUAUGCAACUUGUAAAUUUUAUUUUUGUUUGAGUUAUAUUAAUCGAGUUGUUUUUAAAUAUUUUAAAAUUUAUAUGCGCAUGGAACAUAUAUGCUGUGAAAAUUCUUAACAGUGCAUCUAAUAAUUCACUGAAUUGUAUAUUUCUCUAAAGUGAAUUUUUAACUUGCUUUUUAAACUAUAUUGGCUUAUAUAACAAUUUGAAAGUUAACAGUUCAUAUUACAUUUUUAAUGUAUAGUCUAUUAGACUAUAUGGGUUUUUUAAGGUGAUAUGUAUUUGAGAUGAGGUAAGCUACUUGUAGAUAUGUUCAGUGCAGAUAUAUGUUACUCAGGUCUGAAUAUGUGAAUUGCAAAUGUGUUGAAAGCUAUAUAAAAGAUACUAUCUGUUAUGUGCUUGAUGAUUAAAAGAGAAUAUGUAA